AUGACAUCCACAUCCCCCUCCACCUCCACCCAAACAACCUCCUCAGACCCCAACUCCGGCAUAGCAGGCUCCUCCAACGGCGCCGACACCGACGCCGGCGCAUCAGGAGGCUCCUCCAACAGCUUCAACCUCUCCAAAGGCGGUCUCGCGGCCAUCAUCGUCGUGGUCGCAUUGGUCGUGAUCGUUGGCGUCGCAACAACAACCCUCUUCAUAAUCGCCAAACGCCGGCAAUGGAACAUCCGCGCCUCCAUACGCCGUGCUUCUCGACGCUUCACGGGUCGUGGGCCACCAAGGAAUUCGAUCGAUAGGAGGAGUAAACGCGCGGGGUUUCAGUUGGAUUCGACGCCGGCGUCGAGGGGUCACAAGAGGGGCUUGAUGGUGGAGGUGAAGGAUGUGGAGAAGGGACAAGGAGGGUCUGUUGGUGGUGGUGGGGAUGUGCAGAAGCCGAAGGGUGCUAUGGAUGCGGAGGGGUGGAAGGGACGGUUGUGGAGGAAUGAUUGGAAGAGGUAG